AACACUCUUCCGCAUUACGCUUUGUAUUGCUUCAGGUCUGGCUGUCAUCACGGACCAAUGCGCAUGCUCACUGACAAGUCAAGGCGCUGGGACUCUUAAAGGGUCCUCAUAUUAAGCACUAGCCUCAAAAGAUGUCCCGGGGCAGCCGGGAUCAGCAUGAACGAAAGUAUUACGUGACCGAGACCCGGACCCAUCCGAAGGGAUUCACUGAAUAUAAGGUGACAGCUGAGUUUAUAUCAAAGAAGAACCCCCAUGAUGUUAAAGAGGUGGUUAUAUGGAAACGGUACAGUGACUUUAAGAAACUUCAUGGAGAGCUCUCAUACACUCACAGAAAUCUCUUCCAGCGCAAUCAGGAAUUCCCAGCAUUUCCCAAAGCUCAAGUUUUUGGGCGUUUUGAAGCUCCCGUGAUAGAAGAGAGAAGACAAGCAGCAGAAGAUAUGCUCAAGUUCACUGUGAAUAUCCCAGCUCUAAAUAAUAGCCCACAGUUAAAAGAAUUCUUUAGGGGAGGAGAGGUUGUGGCACGAUCGGACAUUACAGAUUCAGUGGGUACCCUUGUGUUACCUCCUCCUCUUACACCAGAACAAGUACAGUCUUUAUCUAAUGAAGUCAAAGAAGGUGUCGAUAAUGCUUCCGGAGAUAUAGUGACACAAGAGGUGAAAGAAGAAGCUGAAGAUGCUGUCGGUGGUGAACUAUCUCCAUUUGAUUUGUUGUUUGAUAUCAGCGAGGACCAUGUUCAAUUAGAAAAUGAAAGAACAAAGAGUGAACCCGAAUCAUCUCCCAAGCACCCGCUCACUUUCAGUGAUCUGGCACUGUUUGACCCCUGCUUUAUGGAAGAACGGUCUCUUGUGGAAUCGGAACUUGAUUUAUGCCUGCUGUCACUGGAGUGUGAAGGGGAGAAACCAGACUCUGCACUUACAAAUGAUGUAGAAGAAGGUGGGGCCUACGUGUCAGAGGCCACUUUAGAGAUCCAAAAAGCAAUGGAAAAGGAGACCGCUGGAGAUUACCCAGAAGCUUUCAGGCUAUACCGUAAUGCUGUGGAUACUUUAUUAAGGGGAGUAAAAGGUGACCCUUGCAUAUCUAGGAGGGACACAGUUGCGCGCAGAACAUCUGAAUACCUACGCCAUGCAGAGAUGAUUUUCCAGGAGCACAUGAGCAGGAGCCCAGAUUGAUUUUCAAAGACGCACAUUUGGAAUAUUGACAUUGGUACAAAAGAGAA